AUGAGGCCUUUAGCUCCAGACGGCUGCAACGACCUGGCUACCCAGGAGGAGACGACCCUCUUGGACGAGGACGUGGAGGUCUCAGAUGUCAGGCCACCCGGACCUGGGCAACUGGUUCGAGUUCCUCUAUGUGCACAUCAUCGCCAGGUCUACCAAAGCGCCUCAGCUAAAAGGAAGUGUGGCGUGCUCACUUGUCACAAGGCUUCCAAAGGUGCACGGCAUGGUGUCCCACUUUGCUAUGAUCAUCUAUGUGAACAAGGAGGAACAGGUGCGAGAAAGGAUAGCCCACACCCCAAUGGGAUGUUGCAGGGAUUUCGUCGUCGCUUCACACGCAGAGCACAGAGCCGGAGCCGCAGUCCAGCGUUCGAAUGUCAGCAAGCUAGCGUGCCCCCAGCUGCAGCAGAAGAAGGACCAUCGCAACAUGCUAAGAAGGAGAGUGGCAUGGCACCAGCCCGGUCAAGCUCAGUGGACUUGGGGAAGGUGAUGAUUCCAUCACCACCACGAGGUGGCUUGGAGCAGGAGGACGUCAUGGGCAAGCCUGUUUGGUUGAAGCUGAAGCUGAACUAUGUCAACGACCAGUCAGACUGGAUCAUGUGCAUGGGAGAGCUAUGCGGAUAUACACCAGGUGGAGUUCGUGGAGAUCGAAAGCUAGAGGUCUUCGUGAAGUACCUGGACAACACCUUGGUCAUCGACCCAAAGUACCUCGAGGACAUGAUGGAUGCGAAGGGCAUUGAAGACUUGGAUGCAACGAGGGCGCAGCUCUUGGUGAAGGAGGUGCCACCCGAUGCAGAAUGCCUUGGACUGGACAUCAAGGGGUACCUGAUUCCAGAGAUCCUCAUGCAACGCCUCGCAGCUUGGGAGGGCCGCACUGUUGCAGGUGGGAGGCGCCUGAACGAUUCGCAGUUGAAGGAGGUGAAGAAGAACUUGGCAAGCCUGGUGAGGAAGCACAGUGCCGGCUAUGUUAAAGGGGAGCUUUGGCCUAGCUGGCCAGCGGAAGCCGAACUGGGAAUCGACAAGCAAGUUCGUGGGCGCGAUGAUGACCACCAAAGGGAGAAUCUGGCACCAAGAACCAGAUCGCGGAGCAGAAGCCAUAGCCUUGCCCGAGCGAUGAAAGAGGAGGACGAUCUCAGGAGCAAGCUGGACCGAGACACAGCGCUUGAUGGUGACACUGAGGAGAUGACAGGCGAGGGCAUCGUUGAGGCCUACCUGACCGCCGUCAACUCCGGGCAGACGCAAAAGGAGGCGAUCGACGCGAUCCAGAUGAUCUUUGAGGUGGACAUGCAGACCAUCGGCAGCACGAUGCGGACCUACAUCAGGAAGAACUGUGGCAAGCAGAACGAGCAGGUGGAGGUGGCCAUCAAGAUCCUUAAGGGGAUGAGCGAACAGCAGAGCGCAAGAAGCGCCAGAGAAGAUGGAGCUUACCAUGAAGCUCGUGCAGAACAACCGAAACCACAGGAGAAACGGAACCCUAGCACCCCGGACAAGCUCUUCCCGGCUCACUAUGGCGAGAAGAAGGAGGAAGGUAGCCUCAUCCGCCCCGCAGAGGAGACCGGCAAGUACAAUCCACUGACAGCCAAUGACAGCAUCGUGGGGCAGCUAUUCGGCAUGGGUGGCAGGGUUGAGGAAGUGUCAACACGAGCCGGAGCUGGAGGCGACGAAGAGGAGACCCACAUGAGCGCUCGAGUGGUACAUGCACUCGAAGGAAUCCGGAAAGCCACGGAGGGCGACAAGAAGGGCAACCCCGGCACUCGGAGUGCCAUCGGGUCAGAAGAGAGCCUUGACGUCUAUUUGGCCCGAGGUUGCAACACCUUGACUGUGGAGGUAUGCCCCGACGUCACCGGCAAGGAGCUCUUCGACGCCUUGAAAAGAGCGAGGAAUGAGAUCAAGAUGAUCGGCUCAGUCAUCGGCCUGGAGCACAAGAAGGAGCGCAUCAAGGCCCUUGAGCAGAUCGAGAAGGCCCACGAGCAGGAUUCGGACGUCUGGCCUGAGAGCUAUUGCUACAGCUUGUGGGAGGAGCUUAAGGCAGCGUGGGUGGAGGAGCUUCGCGAGAGUCGAAGACAACUCUGCAGGAUCCUGAACACCGACAAUCCCCGCAAGGAGGACCUGAAGUUCGUCGCCUUGGCACCAGACAGCGGCUUCCAUUUCCCAAGGACCUUUGACCUAGCACAUCCUGAAGGCUAUUACCAGCAGGUAUGCGUGCCUAGACAGGAGAUCAUGCCCCGGGUGAAGGAGAACCUCAUGGCGGAGAAGCUGGCGGAGAGGAAGAUCGCGUUGGUCGAGGCCAAAGCAGAGCAGGACGAGAAGGUGAAGGAUGGCGCUGGACAGAAGCAAGGGUGGCUGCCCCCGGAGGAGUAUGAGGACAUCCAGUACACCCAACUUGAAGAUGAGCUCAGGGAGCUGACUCGUGGUCGGAUGCUCAACGCCAUCAUCGAGAAGCAGGAGAUGACAAUUGACGAGGUGCUCCUGGAAGCGACCGAGAAGGGAUGCCCUGAGUUAGCCCAGGAGGCGGAGAAGGUCUUGGGAGAAGAGCGAUCCGUUGGCUGGGUAGACGAGGAGCGCCAAGCAUGGGUCAGCCCCACAGUCUGGCACAAAGAAAAGGGGUACGGCGAAGGCAAGUUCGAGUUCCAAUGCGGACCAGAAAGGCGCUGCUGGCGCUAUCUGGACUACAAAGACCGGCUACCAGUACCUGAUGAGCUAGCAAGUGCACUUGGUUUGCAGCCUGGAGAUGAAGAGGAACGACAAUGUCUGGUGCUACAUCCCGCAGCUGGCAUCCUGCUUUGGGGAGGAGAUUGGGACCCGGAGCGCGUGCCAUCGCUGGAGGAGGUGAGGCUGAAGGCACAAUCUUUCCGGGCUGGACUAUGGGAUGAAGCGGCUAAAGCCAUCGGUGAGCUUGGAGACCCAGCACCCUGGAUAGGAGCACGCGAGGCGGAGGUCCGAGGCAGUGAGAACAACAUCAUUCCCUUCCUGAUCCAUGGGGGCCACAUUAGACUGCUCGUGCCCAUCGAGAAGGAGGAGCCGGUGAAGGUGGCGGCGGAGCUGACUCUGAGUGGACAAUCCGACCGUGAAUGGCCUUGUGAGGGCUGGCGGGAGUUUCUCGCAAAUGAAGAUCCGGCAGCGCCUCUUGUACCUGGCAAGAGACCCAAAUGCCCUCGUUGUCAAGACAACAACCCAAAACAGGGAAAGGCAGCGCCUCAAGUCCCGUGGAGCUUCAAUGAACACCCAGUCGACACGCAGGAGCUGAUUCUGAUGGGGGCACACUCCCCAUUGAAGCACAGGCCCGCUUUCGCAUAUGGCAUCAGGGUGCAGGAGGUCUUUGCAGGCUCUGGAUCUUGGACCAAAGCUAUGAAGGAAGCAGGACUGGCCGCCAACGAGCCCAUCGAGCUCUUCAGUGACCCCCUACAGAAGAAAGGACGUCGCGAGCAGUUCGAUCUCAAGGACGAGAAAGUGGCAAACUUCUACCUGCAGGCGACGAUGGAGCUCCCAGGACCAUCAGCAGCAAACGUUUGGGAAUUUGGAACCCCUUGCACCAGUUAUUGCGACUUCAACAUCCUCAACGGGGGAACUCGAAGCUUCAGUUCACCCGAAGGAGGUCCGCACCCCACGGCAAGCGAGCAAGAGGGCAACUACUUCUGUGACCUCACCUGCCGGAUGCGCGAGUCACUUUACCACCACGACAAGGAGUUCAUCCUGGAGUCUUCGAUGCCAUCCGGAAGAUACCCAAAAAUUUGGGAUCAGCCUGCCAUUCAGCGCUUGCAGCAAUCUACAGGAGCACUCAUCGUGCCGACCCACUUGUGCGAAUGGGGCUCAGCGCCGACUGACCGGCCGGAGAUGAGGUAUAAGAAGGGUCAGUGGAACCUUGUGUCCCCUGGCUUGUACCUGCAUGCACUGCUCCUUUCCCGUCGUUGCCAAGGGCAACACAGACACAUGGACGUGAAAGGUGAGUCUGACCUACCUGGAGUUCCCCGCACUCGAAGAGCACAGGUGUAUCCAGCGAGACUAUGCAAAGGUUGGGCAUUGGUGGUGCAAGCGGCUUAUGCAGGAUGGGACACCAUUCAGGUGGCACAGGCACUGGAGGUGAUUCAGGAGAGUGAUGGCCGAGAAGGGGAGAUCCCACACAAAGCAGCAGGGGCAAAUAGACACCAACAUGCUGGACAGUCUGACCCCUCACAUCAAGCGGCUCCCUCACAUUCCACGGCAGCCUUCUCAUUUUCCGAACGAUGUGGAAGUGCAGAGAUCGAUGAGUUUCAGGAAGGGUUUGGUCUUCUUCGUGGACACCAUUGUGGCAGCAUCGGCGAGGGUGAGUUCAGCCAUGGCAUCCCUAUCCCGGAGGACCCACUGGAGCCUGAAGGUGAAGAAGAGGAAGAGGAGGGGGCCACCAGUGAUGAAGAUAGGCGUAUGAACCCUCGUGAUGAAGCCAGAGUCAUGGCACGGCUCGUUCCUAGAGAAGUCAGCCCAGGAGAUGUGGCGGAACCAGUACGCCCAUACGAAGGGAACAUCAACAUCUUCGGGCCACCACGACCACUCGAAGGGCUCGACGGACGCUCUGAGGAUUGGUGGGACCUUCAAGAGGACAACCUAUUCCUGGUACGCCACCACGUGAUGCCUCGCACCCACUUGUUUGGAUCGCACUAUGGCGACUGGACCGACUGCCCGGUUUCGGACCACCUCAUUAGGAGUGAUCGCAGGACAUGGAUGUACCCGCAGCGGAGGGAACUGUCGGAGAUCGCCCCGCACGAGAGAGUCUUCCUGGACAACUGGAGGGUGGACCUGGCGAGGCUUCGUGACAUCCCCGACUCGAUCGAUGCGGAGUACGCCGACUGGACUGGAGCAACCACCUUCUACCUGUACGAUCCUUUGAUCAGGCCAGAGCUUGGACCACACUUUGAGCGUGGACAAGAAGAAAGAGGCGAGACCGAUAGCCCGGCACCCGAACCUGAAAGUGAGCUGCGGCCUACAUAUCCGGAGGGAAGAGACUACCAACCAGUCUUUCACCCGCCCAGGGAAUUCCCAGUGCCAACGCGGGAGCAGGUUGCGGACGCGAGACGGUACUACCCUGGAGGAGGUGUUUGGGAUCCCUGGAAUGGAGGACGCAUUGAGGGUGAUGACGCAGAGCAGGCGGAGGAGCAGCCGGGCAGCUCAUCGGACCGGAGACGACGGUCAAGGUCGAGGUCAAGGGGACGCGGGCCAGAUGCUGAUGACGGAGCAGAAGAAAGACGGGCGGGUUACCUAUCAGCAUCCUGCAUUCUUGAGGCCGAAGAGACGGAGGGCAAUCGCUGGAUGAUGCGGGAGACCAUCGAGGACGAGUACCACGUGGGAGCGCCUGUCUACUCCGAGAAGGACCAGAGUGUCAAGGAGGAGGUUCUGGACAAGGCCCUUUGCUAUGUGCACCACUGCAGGGAGCACCCCAAGUACGAGCCCAAUGUGAUCAAGCAGGCCGUCGAAUUGGGCGAUGACCUGUUGAGGACCGCUGGGACACUCGAAGAAGCCAUGCGAGGUCUGAGGGCAGCAAGAAGGCAGGUGAUUGGGGUCCCAACGAUUGGUGCCACUUCCGAAGAGGUCCUGAGAUGCUUGGAAUCUGACCAUGCACAGUACCUUAAAGCGGCCAACAGGGAUGGAGACACCGCGGACUUCGGCAGUGCUCUGCCCGGUGAAUUGGUGGGAGUCGAGGGCAGGGUGAAGCUGGUUUACGGUGGCCUCCCUUUCGGUUGGUGUGGCGCCCCGGGAGAAUACAUGGCGUUCGCCCUCGCUGGUCGAGCCUACCAUGAGAGCUUUAAGCCGGAGAUGGAAGGCGUCAAUGGACCCACCCCGUUCUCUUCUGAGUGGCUAAUGGAUGACAGCGUGAUCGUGGAGCCUCUGAUGGGGGUGAGGCCGUGGCAAGCAGUUGACGCGUUGGGCCACUCCAUCGAGAAGAUCUGGGGCAAGGCGGCGUUGAACCUCGACAAGCAGAUUGAGGAGGGGACGCUGCCUGAACCGAAAGCCUUGAAGAUGCGUUACCUGUUGGCCUUGCCGGAACUGCAGUAUGGGGUGCGCCAGGUGCGGCUGAAGGUCGCUCAAGAGCUGCGCGGACUCAGUCAGUAUGCGGCAAUCACCAUACCCCCUUUGCGGACGGAGCUCGGCACCUUGGAUCUUUUCCUAUGUCCAAGCAAGUGCGUGGGGGGCUACAUCCAGCCGAAUGUCAAGGAUGAAAACGCCUCAGAGUCAGCGUGGCGCUGUUGGGAUGAGACGUUGGCGCUCCUACGGCUUUGGUUUGAGACCCCCUAUGAGGGCAGCUUCGAAUCGUCGAUGGAAAGCAUGCUGUCCACUCGUGAACUACUCGCUCUUCCAGGUAUGAGCAGCAGGCUUCGAUGGGUGGGUGGGGAUGCGACUCCAGACGUAGCAGGCGCACUUGACUGGAAGGGCAAGCGCUACAUGAGGGAGGAUGCCAAGGUGAUGCUCCAUGCAUUAGGUAGGGUGCCCGAGCUUGAGGAGGAGCCCAGCAUGAAAAUAGCACUUGCAGAGCUUCUUUGCUUCGUGGGGCUGGCCGCAGCAGAGAGCAGCUCUUGGCAUGGGGAGAUAAUCGCCUACGCCACGGACAACCAGAACGUCAGGUCGUGGUUGACCAAGCGGCAGUCUAGAUGCACGGUGGCACGGCACAUCCUCCGGGUCUUGGGAAUGCUCGAGGCGCAGGAGAAAUGGGAGUCCUACAUCGAGGAGUCCGUGAACGGCAACCGAGAUCAAUGUGAAGCAGCGAUUGAGGGCUCCAGCCUGAAGGGGACAGAAUGCCUACAGUCGGAGGAGGACCUCACUUGGGUUUUCGCCUCGAUUGCCGAAGAUAGCUGGGGGGGAACGCGUUCCUAUGUCAGACAGUUUGUCAAGGAGCAUCGUCCCUCGAAUGCGCUGAUCGACCUGGCGAGGGAAGGCCCAGUUCGUGAAAUGCAGGCGGACUUUAAGAAGCUCGGCUAUGUGGUGAAUGUCAACGAGUACCUGACCACCCACUUUGGGGAUCCCGUGGCCAAGCGCAAGUUCGUCCUGGUUGCUCAUCGAGGCUCACUGGCCAAUGAUGCGACCUUCCCGGAUGAAGCUCCUCGGAGCGCCGCAGAACCUGCGAGCAUCAAGCGCGCCCUGGACUCGGCAGCUGGAGCGGUGAGGCAGGAAUGGUUGGCCAGCGACGUUGAGGUGACGCUGAACAACAAGAUUUCUACUUCUGGGGACCGCACGCUGCCAUGGCCUGCUGGCCAUUACAAGGAAGGGGACAAGAAAGAGCUCCCCUACGACAUCCGGGGCCCCGCAUUAACUUGCAGGAAAGGGAGGUCUAUGGUUGUCCUUGACCAUCGUGGUGAGGCGGUCCAGGCGCGAGCAAUCAGUGCAGAAGAGGAAUGGCUCCUGAAUGGUGGGCGCCUUGAGGAGCUGCAUCUGCUUCGCGAAGCCGGAGCAAAGGUGAACUUCUUCAAGAAGGACGCAGCCAUGAAGUUUCCGCAGCAAAGCGCCCAUCACCUACUGUCCUGGUACGAACGCUGGCGCCAGGGAAUCAGUGAGGGACCUGAGGCUGGAGGGAGAGUUGGAGUUUGUCGCGACCCUGAUCGAGUCCAUGCUGACGAACAAGUGCGUGCUUGGAUGCGAGCUUGGCAGGGAGACAACCACAACCCCAGGGCCAACUACGAGAGAUGGCUUGCUGCCAAGAAGGCCGACUUAGAGGGUGACCAGAAGGUCGGAGGGAGGAGACAAACCACCAAGAGGGCGAAGUCAGGGCCUCCGGACCGAUUGGUCCUCCCAAGCGCGAUUGGUCGUGGUCGAGAACGCCUACAGCUUGAUGCUAAUCGUGAGCUAAGGCGAGAUCAAGCAUGGCUCGACGCCUUGGCUGCGGAGGCGGUGAUGUCCAAGCUCUCGGAGGGCACGCGGGCUGGCUACGAGGUUGGCUGGAAGCAAUGGUGCUUGUGGCGCCGGAUGGGUAGAAAGGAUGUGUACCUCACCGGCGAGAGCAAAGAGGACCGCAAGAUCGAUGAAGAUGAACUCCUUCGAUUCAUGACCUACUUGGCGCACGUCAUGGGCAGGACUGAGGGGACCAUCAAGCAGAGGCUGUUCGCCAUUAAGAUGGGCCAUCUGGUGGCAGGGCAUGAAGAUCCCACAUUGCACAAGGUGCGGAUCUGGGCAGCUCUCAACGGCUACAAGCGGUGGCAGCCUGAGACAAAGCGGAAGUACCCAGUACUGCCGGCUAUGCUGCUGUGGAUCAAAAAGCAUUUGAGUACCAGCGAGACCCUGAGCAGAGUUGACCAGGCGAUCCUUUGGGCUGCGAUUAUGGUGGGAUUCUUCUUCUUGCUGCGAGCCUCGGAGUUCUUGGUCACUAUGGGGCGAUCAUGCGGGACCUCGAGGACCUUGAAGGGCAAUGACAUCGAGGCACGAAGGGACAACCUGCAGGUCAUGAACUUCCACCAGGCGGAGGAGAUCGUGAUCUACCUCAAGGGCUCCCAGACGGACCAGUACAAUCAGGGCACUGUCCGCAACCAGUUCAGAAGCGGCGACGAGCUCUGUGUGGUGACCGCGUUGGCCAACUACCAGGCUAUGAAACCUGAACGUUUUGCAGGUGCUGAAGCAGAUCAGCCCUUGUUCAGAUUGGAGAAUGGAAAACCCUUGCAGAGGACCGACAUCCAGGGCCUGAUACAGUUGGCAGCGGUUGCAGAUGGUCAAUCUACGACGAGGUAUGGUUCGCACAGCUUGCGCAUUGGUGGCGCCACAGCCAUGUACCAGACCACCAAGGACCUGGACAUCGUGAAACGUUUUGGCAGAUGGAACUCCGACGCCUUCCACGGCUAUCUGUGGGAGUCGCACGA